UUUCCUCUCAUAUUUCUUCAUCUUUUUACAUUUCCAAAAAGAACAAAACAAAAAAAAGGGCAUGAAAAUGAAAAUUUCUCCCAUGUUCAUUUCACAUCUACAUCACAUUUUCCAUCCCAUGUCAAAUUUACAUUCAUUUCAUGCUCAUUUCAUGUUUGGAAUAAAAUCAAAUUUGAUCCUCAUAUUUUCUUGUUCUUCAAUCAAGUCCUUUAAGUCAUGAUUUUCAAAAAAAAAAAAAAAAAAAUGUACAAGCUCUCAUUCGAAGAAGUUCUCACCAUCUUGCAUUUGGUUACAUGUUUCAAACUUGUGGGCCUUAUUCAACUAAAUCCAAAGCAUUUCACAUUUUUGAAAGAAAAAGAAAAAGAAAAAAAGCAUCCAUGUUUAUUUCUUUUCUUGCACUCCCAUAAUCUUGUUUGAUUCUCUGCCUUUGACAAUUGAAAUAUGGAUUCAUACAUGGUCAAGCACGAUUCCUCAUCAAUCAAGACAACUUUUGAAAUAUUCAUCCAUGGAGAAAGCUUUGACCAACAAAGGAUUCAGGAGAUCUUCAAUUGCAAGCGUUUUCUCCAUUGUGGACAAUUGCCAAGUCAAGAACUGAAAGCAGCCUCGAAGAUCAAAAGCUCAAGCACAUCACACUUCAUGUUGCUCCAACAAUCAAGGAAAAGAAUGGAACUUCUCAUUAGACAAUUGUACUUUGAAAGAUCUAGGAGUCAGAUGCUACCAUGUUGAUGUACUUAGUGUGAUGUACUAGGCUUUUAUGCUGUAAUGAAUGACCAUCUUUGUAAUGUAUGUUGAACUGCUUGUAAGUGUCUACAGCCCUUGGAGUCUAUGGAAAUCUCAAGGCGUUCAAAGAUAUUUUGCUU